GGCACGUCAGCUAUGUGGCAUCAUGAGGCACCGGAGAAGAAAGAAAAAAAGGAGUCUAGUCCACCGCCCACCGCCGGACACUGGGGGGGAUGUGCCACCAUCCCGGAUUUACAACCGUUCAAGCAUAUUUGCGCACAAACGCAACUUUUUUAAUGGGAUUUGCGCCAGUGACGCUGCAGUAGGCGAUCACCCGGGAAGCUGACGGACAGCGGGCGUCACGUGACUCACGCGAGCGUUUUACCUGCGAGGCUGAAGCUUGGAGGGACAAACAAUGGAUCCAAACUUGUUCGGAGGAGCUCCCAGGUUUCUCACUCGGCCAAAGGCGUUCUCCGUGUAUGCGGGCAAAGACGCCGCCCUCAGCUGCACCAUCGUCGGGAGCCCAACUCCUCUGAUCACCUGGGAGAAGGACAAGCUGAAGCUGGCGUCCGGGGGCCGAUUCAAGGCCGUGGAGGAUGGAGACGUCUACCGCCUGACCAUCUAUGACCUGAAGCUGGAGGACAGCGGGCAGUACAUGUGCCGGGCCAAGAACAGCGUAGGUGAAGCCUACGCUGCCGUGACGCUCAAAGUGGCCGUGCCAGCGGAGACGGCCCAGCGGGCGCCCGUUUUCACCACCAAGCCCACGUCUGCGCGCGUGGGCUUGGGUGGCGACGUUGUUUUCCACUGCCGGGUCGCCGCCCACCCCGAGGCCAGUUUCGAGUGGGAAAAGGACGGGCGCUACCUGGGGGCGACCAAUCGCAUCACGAUCGUUUCUGACGGCGACAGCAGCACCUUGAAAAUCCAGAGCGUGCGCAACCUGGACGGCGGCACCUACACCUGCAGGGCCCAGAACGCCGUCGGCCGCGCCCACGCCGCCGCCGCCCUCGUGGUGGACGCGCAGGACUCCCGGCACCAGGCCGCAGAUAAAAGCACCUCGCUGCUGUCGCACCUCCAGAAGCGCAAGGAGGAGAUGAAGAAGGACAUCUCCAUCUACCGCACGGAGGAGAGCAGAUCCUCGGUGGUUUCCUCCACCAAGACCGGCGCCGGCGACGGCGUGAGCCUGGAGCAGGAGCUGAGGGCGUCCGCUCUGGCCAAGCUGCCCAAAGGGGUGUUCACGCGCACGUGCACGGUGACCGAGGGCAAACACGCCAAGCUCAGCUGCUUCGUGACCGGUCACCCCAAACCCCACAUCAUCUGGAGGAAGGACGGGACGAACAUCGGCGAGGGGCGCCGGCACGUCAUUUACGAGGACCAGGCCGAGAACUUCAUCCUCAAGAUCCUGUACUGCAAGCAGAGCGACAACGGCCUCUACACCUGCAACGCCACCAACAUGGCCGGCCAGACCUACAGCGCCGUGUUGGUCACAGUCAAAGAACCCAAGGUUCCGUUCCGGAGGAAGCUGCAGGACGUGGAGGUGCAGGAGAAAACCUCAGCCACUCUCAUGUGCGAGGUGCCCCUCAUUGCGACCCAAACCAACUGGUUCAUGGAGGAAACCAGGCUGGAGCAGAACAUCAAGUAUCGCAUGGACGAGGAAGGCACCCUGCGUCGUCUCACCAUUCACAACGUCACCACCAACGACGACGGCGUUUACAUCUGCGAGAUGAAGGAAGGCAGCCGCACGGUGGCUGAGCUCACUGUCCUGGGUAACAUUACUAAGAAGCUUCCUCGCAGGACGGUGGUUCCUGUCAGUGACACCGUCAUAUUCUGCGUGGAGCUGGAGCAUCCCUGUCCGGAUGCGUACUGGACCCGCAAUGGGGAGAAGCUGAAGGAGGACUCGCGCGUUUCGAUUGCCUGCGUGCUCAGACAGUACACGCUCACAAUUAGACACUGCCAGGUGGAUGACUCGGGAGAAGUGGCCUUCGUGGCUGGAGAUUGCAAGACUUCCACUCGAUUCUCUGUCACCGCUGCAAGGAAGCAUCCCCCCGAUCCCCCGGUUGAUGCUGUGGUGCAGAACAAGACCGACUCGUCCAUCACCAUUCAGUGGUCUCCUCCCGACAGCGAUCGGCCCGUUCCCAUCAAGUGCUACCUGGUGGAGAGAAGGAAGGUUGGAACGCAGACGUGGCAGAGGUGCAAUGCCGGGGAAACCAUCGUAUCAACACAGAUCACCGUCUGCAGCUUCACCGAAGAAGCCAGCUACCAGUUCCGUGUCUCUGCCAUGAACGACUUCGGGCAGAGCCCCUACCUGGAGGUGCCGGGGAGCUUCUACCUCGAACCCACUGCAGAGAUCAGGAAAGGCCUGACGAGCAGUGCGGCCGUCUUGGGCGAGGAGUUCUCGGUCUCUGUGGAGCUGUCUGCCGUUUGCUCCGGCUUCUGGUCGCUCAACGGCCGCCUCCUGCGCAGCGGCGCCGACUACCUCAUCACCAGAUCGAAGAACACGCACACUCUGCUCAUCCACGUGGUGACGGCGGACAUGAAUGGAGCUGAAGUCAAGUUUGUGGGCGGAGGGUCACAAAGCAGUUGCAUCCUAUCCGUGAAGGCUCCUUCCGUUAGGUUCAUUAACAAGUCAGAUCAGAUGGAGGUGGUGGCGUGCAGUGCCCAAGCUACUGCUCAGCUGACUGCUGAGGUGUCAGAUUGCAACACACAGGUGGUUUGGAUGAAGAAUGGACGAGAAGUGAAGAUGGGCAAGAAGUAUGAAUACAUCACAACUGAGCACAGGAGGAUCCUGACGGUGCACAAUGUCACAGAGGAGGACGUGGGCAUCUACGAGUGUGUUUUAGCUGACGACCGACUGGCCCUGCAACUUACGCUUAAAGAUGAGCCCGCUAAGUUCCUGAACAAGGCAAGGGGGCCCAUGGGACUUUCAUCAUCCCUUAAAGGAGAUCUUGAGCUGAGCUGUGAGGUGUCUGCCGCCAGUGCAGCUGUGGUGUGGAGGAAGGAUCAGGUAGAGAUCACCGAGGACCAAAGAACUACUAUCGUCUCCAAAGGGACUCAACGGAAACUCGUCAUAAGAAAUGCCAAGAAGAGCGAUGAAGGACACUACUCCUGUGAGACAGCAGCAGACAAAGUUACAUUCCAGGUCAAGAUAAAAGAAACUCAAGCCGUAGCUGCAUUCUCUAACAAAGAGUCAGUCCAGAAGGAGGUGAAGGCCAUUCUUUCCCAGAAAGCAACGCUCAGCUGCAGUGUCUCAGACAGCAAGACGGAGGUGAAAUGGUACAAAGACGGAAAGCUGCUGGUGUCCAGUAGGACGAUCUACUCGGAAGCCAAAGGCAAUACUCGUCAGCUGGUGAUUGAAAAGGUGGAGAAGGGCGAUGCUGGGGAGUAUACCUGUGAAACUGCAGGGGAGAAGCUGCUCUUUGAGAUUCUUGUAUCAGAGUCCGAGGUCCAGUCUGUGUUCUCCAACAAGGAGUCCGUGCAGAAGGAGGUAAAAGCCACGGUAUCUCACAGAGCCACAUUAAACUGUGAGGUGUCUGAUGCCAAAACACAAGUGAACUGGUACAAGAAUGGCAAGCUGCUGACCUCCAGUAAGACGAGCCACGCAGAGGCCACGGGCAAGACCCGUCGGCUGGUGAUCGACUCCGUGGAGAAGCAGGACGCUGGAGAGUACGUCUGUGAGGCUGGCAGCGAGAAGCUGGCUUUCAGCAUCCACGUGGAGGAGGCCCAGUCGGCCUUCUUCAACAAAGAGUCUGUCCAGAAGGACGUCAGAGCCGGUCUCUCCCAGAAAGCUACGCUGAGCUGCGAGGUGGCUGAUGCCAAGACAGAGGUCAAAUGGUACAAAGACAGCAAGCUUCUGACCUCCAGUAAGACCGUCCAUGCAGAGUCAAAGGGCAAAGGUCGCCAGCUGGUAAUAGACAGUGUGGAGAAGAAGGAUGCUGGGGAGUACACGUGUGAGGCUGGGACGGAGAAACUGGUCUUCAGAGUCCAAGUGGAAGAGAUCCAACACAAAUCGAGCUUUGCUAAUAAGGAGACUGUCCAAAAGGAUGUCAGCGCCGCUGUCUCCCAGAAGGCCACGCUGACCUGUGAGGUGGCCGAUGCCAGGACGGAGGUGAAAUGGUUCAAGGAUGGGAAGCUGGUGACUUCCAGUAAGACCGUCCACACGGAGGCGAAGGGCAGGAGUCGGCAACUGGUGAUCGACAGCGCUGACAAGAGAGAUGCUGGAGAGUACGUCUGUGAGGCCGGGACGGAGAAGCUAGCGUUUAAAAUAAACGUGUCGGAAGCCCCGGCUGGCUUCUCUAAUAAGGAGUCUUUCCAGAAGGAGGUCAAAGCAGCCCUCUCCCAGAAAGCCACUCUGAGCUGCGAGGUGUCGGAUUCGAAGACUGAGGUGAAAUGGUACAAGGACGGCAAACUCCUCGCCUCCAGUAAAGCAGUUCACAUGGAGUCAAAGGGAAAGAGUCGUGAGCUGGUGAUAGAGAGAAUGGAGAAAAAGGAUGCUGGCGAAUACACAUGCGAGGCUGGAACCGAGAAGCUGGUGUUUAAGCUGCAGGUCACAGAUGCAGCUGUUAAGUUCCAGAAGAGAACGGUAAAAGACACGUGCAUCACUCAGGCAGGCGAAAGCACAGUUCUGACCACUGAGCUGACCUCAGAGAGCGGCAGCGUCACCUGGUUUAGAGACGGCGUGGAGCUCAAGGAGGGCAGCAAGUACGAGAUGAAGAAGGAGGGCCGCCUCCGCACGCUGACUAUAAAAUCUGCCGAAGCCAAAGACAGUGGAUCCUACUCCUGUCAAACAGCCGACGACAAGCUAGAGUUCAAAGUUCAGGUUAAAGACUCCGCUCUGAGGUUUGUUGUCCCCCUGAAAUCCGUGGAGGUGGACCUGGGGGGCGCGCUGAGCCUGACGUGUGAACUGAAUCAAGCCUCGGGGGACGUCGUGUGGCGGCGCGACGGCCACGAGAUUAAACCCGGAGGCAGGAACGUGGUCAGGGCAGAGGGCGCCGUGAGGACUCUCACCGUGGCCGGCGUGACGAAGGAGGACGAAGGCGGGUACAGCUGUGAAUGCAGAAACGACAAGACGUCGGCCCAGGUCUCCACCAGAGCACCCAGACUGGUGAGGCUGACUAGCAAACUGAACAAUGUGGCCGCGAUGGAGGGGAGAGAAGCCAUUUUCAAGUGUGCCGUCACUCCGGCGGACGUCAGCGUUAAGUGGUUCCAUCGCAGCGUACCCGUCACUGCUGGGCCCAAGUAUAGGAUUGAGCACGGGGGCAACAGUCACUCACUCACCAUCACCUCCGUCACGCAGAAAGAUGCCGGAGAAGUUAGUGUGGAGGCUGAGGGCAAAAGCUGCAAAGCCACCCUGCAAGUGCAACAUGAACCUGUUCUGUUCAAGAAGAAGCUAGAAAAUGUGAGUGUGCAGGAGCAGAGCGACGUCCGGCUGGAGGUGGAGCUCAGCAAGGCGUCGGGCGAAGUCAGGUGGAUGAAGAACAGCGUCGUUCUGCAGCCCGCAGCAAAUGUGGAGAUUCGAGUGGAUGGAGCCAAACAGGUUCUGGUCCUCAAGAAGGUGACCUGUGCUGACCGUGGAACCUAUUCCUGUGAAACCCUGGAGGACAAGACUCAGGCCAAGCUCAGCGUGGAGAUGAAAAAGAUCCAGGUACUGACGGGCCUGAGCGAAACCACGGUGCGUGAGACAGAGACGGUCACGUUUGAGGUGGAACUCAGCCAGGCUGAUGUCGAAGGCUUCUGGACCAGGGACGGGGUCAAGCUAAGGCCAGGAGCCAGCUGCUGUAUCACCGCGCUGGGAAGCAAACACGCCCUCACCUUGUGCAGCCUCAGGAGGGAGGAUGCAGGAACCGUAGCAUUCCAGGCCGAGGGAGUCCACACCUCCUGCAAGCUGAUUGUCACAGAGCCCCCGGCCAUGAUCUCCAAACCCAUUGUGGAUGUCAGUGUUCCUGAGAAGGAGAAGGUUACGUUUGAAUGUGAAGUGUCCAGAUCCAACGCAGAUGUUAAAUGGUUCAAGGAUGAUGUGGAACUGAAAGCAGGAAAGACCUGUGGCUUUCAUUCCCUGGGGCGAAAGCGCACGCUGGUCAUUAAUAAAUGCAGCCCCGAAGAUGCCGGCACUUAUGUGUGUCGCACUGCUGAUGAUAACACAGCCGCCAAGCUCACGGUGCAUGCCAGAGAUGUCAAGAUUGUGAAGAAGCUGCAGGACGUGGAGGUGACGGAGCAGGAGAGCGCCUCGUUCGUCUGCGAGGUCUCGCACGACGACGUGGACACUCAGUGGUUCAAAGGAGGCGACAAAGUCAAAGCCAGUGACAACGUGAAGAUGAGACAAGAGGGCAGAACCUAUGUGCUUCUGUUUAAAUGCGUGUCAGCAGAAGAUAGAGGUGAGAUUAAGUUUACAGCUGAGAAGGCGUCUUCAACUGCAAAACUGAAAGUAAAAGAGCUGCCGGUCAAGUUUGUGAAGAAGCUCAGGGAUAAGAUAGCCAUGUAUAAGCAUCGCGGGCAUCUCGAAUGCCAGGUGUCACGCGCCAACGCCAAGGUGAAGUGGUACAAGAACAAGCUGGAGCUCAGAGCCAGCAACAAGCACGAAAUCAAAAGUGAGGACGUUUACAGGAAACUCAUCAUCAACGACGUGGACUCUGGAGAUGAGGACACUUAUACCUGUGACGCCGCUGACGACAAGACGUCCUGCAGGCUGCUUGUGGAAGAGCAGUCCAUCAGCAUCGUGCGGGAGCUCAGUCCAGUCGAGGUGACGGAGCCGUUCGCGGCUGUGUUCGAGGUGGAAAUCAGCAUGGAGUUGGUGAAGCCGCCCGUGUGGACGCUGAGCGGUGUCGCCGUGCAGGAGGGCGCCGACGUAGAGAUGGAAAAGGAGGGCACGAUGCACCGUCUGACCUUCAAGAAGACCAAAGCGGCCAUGUCCGGGCCCGUGCAGUUCACGGCGGGGAAGAGCAAGUCUUCGGCCCAGCUCACGGUCAAAGAACGUCCGCUGGAGGUGGCGGAGCCCAUGAAAAACGUGAAGGCAAAGGAGAAGAGCUCAGCCAUCCUCAGCUGCAAGUUCUCCGCACCGCCCAAAGAGGUCCGUUGGUUCAAAGGUCAGGUGCAGUUGGCAGCAUCGGACAAGUUUAACAUGAAGCAAGAUGCUACCAGGGCUCAGCUUACUAUCGAGAGGCUGACUGAGGACGAUGGUGGAGAGUACCGCUGUCAGUCUGGACCUGCUGAGACCAAGGGGACUCUGUCUGUUGAAGUGCGUGACAUUAAGAUCACCACGCAUUUGACCGACGCGGAGGUGGACGAGGACAGCGACGCGUCGUUCGCGUGCGAGGUGAACUACGCGGACGAGGAGGCGCGGUGGUUUCUGAACGACAAGGUGCUUUUCACUAACGAGGUGAACACCAUCACCCAUGAGGGAAAAGUGCACAAGCUCAGGCUGAAGAACCUGGCGCCUCAGGACGGAGGAACCGUCACAUUUCAAGUGCGCAAGAUAAAAGAGUCAGUCACGCUUAAGGUUAUAGAGAAGGUCGCUGUGUUCCUCAAGUCUCUCGAUGAUGUCAUCGGAGAGGAGAAAGGAACGAUAACUCUGGCUUGUGAAGCGUCCAAGCCGAGGGUUUCUCCCACAUGGAGAAAAGAAGCUAAGGUCUUGAAAGCAGGGCCGAAGUAUGAGCUCCUCCACACGGGCAGGUCUCUGGGACUGAUCAUCAAGGAUGUCACCAAAGACGAUGCUGGGGAGUACAGCUGUGAUCUCGGAACUGAGGUCUCCAAGUCACAGGUCACUGUAAGAGCGAUUGGCAUUGGCAUCACCAAAUGGCUGAAGGCCGCUGAGGCGAACGAGGGCGAGACGUGCAGCUUCGAGUGCAUCCUGUCUCACGAGAGCACGGACGAGUCCUCCUGGACCCUCAACGGUCGGACGCUUUCCAACGGGGGCCGCUUCAAAGUCGCCAGCAAAGGUCGCAAGUACAUGCUGAGCAUCGGGGACGUCACCCCCGCCGAUGCUGGUGAGGUGGUCUUCAGCAUAAAAGGCCUGAGCUCUAAAGCAACGUUAACAGUCGAAGGCAAAGCUUCAUCCGUGUCAAAAGGACUCCGGAAUAUCACUGCGGUUCAAGGGGAAGAUGCGGUUUUCACCUGUGAGGUGACAAAAGCCGGUUCCACUGUAAAGUGGACCAAGGAGGGAAAAGCCAUCAGGAAGAGCCAGAAGUAUGACAUCAGCCAGGAGAACAAGGUCACGAAGCUGAGCAUCCGGAACGUCUCUGCUCAGGACUCUGGAGAGUACAGCUGUGAAGUUGUUGGCGGCGCAACGACCAAAGCUCGUCUUGAAAUCAAGGACCCGAUCCACACAUUCACCAAAGCGCUGAAGGACAGCCAGGCGAACGAGAGGAGCUCCGUGACGCUGCAGUGUGAGACGGCGCAGGUCCCGUCCAGUGUGGUGUGGCUGAAGGGUCACACGGAGCUCAGGGCGGGGGGUCGGUACGAGAUGAGCCAAAGGGAGCGGCUCCUAACGCUCACCGUGCAUCAGCUGGAGGAGGACGACACUGACAUCUACACAUGCGAUGUGGGCACAGCCAAGAGCAUGGCCAAGGUGACCAUCAAAGCAUUACCGGCAACAUUCAUACAGAAGAUACAGAGUCGGGAGGCCGAGGAGGGAGCAGACAUCAGUCUGUGCUGUGAGCUCUCUAAGGCCGGAGCCUCGGUGGAGUGGAGAAAGGGAGCACAGGUCCUAAAGGCUGGAGGAAAGUACCAGAUGAAGCAGAGGGGCUCUGUGAAUGAACUCCUGAUCUGCAAAGUGGUUCCUGAAGACAGUGGAGACUACAGCUGUGUGUGUGGAGACCAGAAGACCUCCGCCAGCCUCAGCGUCAGGGCCCAACCAGUGACCUUCAAACAGAAGCUGGAAAGCCAGGAAGCGGAGGAGGGAGCGAGCGUUGCUCUGCGCUGUGAGCUCUCCAAGCCUGGAGUCGUGGUGGAGUGGAGAAGGGGAACGCGGACACUUCAGGCUGGAGAACGGUUCCAGAUGAAGCAGGAGGACACGUUGAAUGAACUGCUGAUCAGCAAAGUGGUCCCUGAAGACAGUGGAGACUACAGCUGUGUGUGUGGAGACCAGCAGACCUCCGCCAGCCUCACCAUUAAGGCCCAACCAGUGACCUUCAAGCAAAGACUGGAAAACCAAAAGGCCGAGGAAGGAGCCACUGUUACUCUGUGCUGUGAGCUCUCUAAGCCUGGAUCCUCAGUGGAGUGGAGAAAGGGAGCACAGGUCCUAAAGGCAGGAGAAAAGUACCAGAUGAAGCAGAGGGGCUCUGUGAAUGAACUCUUGAUCAACAAAGUGAAGCCUGAAGACGCUGGAGACUUUACCUGUGUGUGUGGAGACCAGAAGACCACAGGCAGCCUGAGCGUAAAGGUCCAACCAGCAACGUUCAAACAGAAGUUGGAACAUCAGGAGGCCGAGGAGGGAGCAGACAUCAGUCUGUGCUGUGAGCUCUCUAAGGCCGGAGCCUCGGUGGAGUGGAGAAAGGGAGCACAGGUCCUAAAGGCUGGAGGAAAGUACCAGAUGAAGCAGAGGGGCUCUGUGAAUGAACUCCUGAUCUGCAAAGUGGUUCCUGAAGACAGUGGAGACUACAGCUGUGUGUGUGGAGACCAGAAGACCUCCGCCAGCCUCAGCGUCAGGGUCCAACCAGUGACCUUCAAGCAGAAGCUGGAGAGUCAGGAGGCCGGGGAGGGAGCAGACGUUGCUCUGCGCUGUGAGCUCUCCAAGCCUGGUGUCGCGGCGGAGUGGAGGAAGGGGUCGCGGACGCUUCAGGCUGGAGAGAAGUACACGAUAAAGCAGAAGGCUGCUGUGUGUGAACUCCUGAUCACCAGGGUGGUGCCCGAAGACAGUGGAGACUACAGCUGUGUGUGUGGAGACCAGCGGACCGCAGCCAGUCUCACUAUUAAGGCUGCUAAAGUGGAAUCUGGGAGGCAGGAGGUCAGAGAAGUGACAGAAGUUACAGUACAGAAGGUGUCAACUUCAGCAAUGGCCUCCAAACGUGAAGCUGAGAAGCAAGAAUCUAAAAGGAUUGUUGAAGCUGCCCCAGUUAUAUUUACCAAAAAGCUGGAAAGCCUAACAGCUGAUGAGGGGGCCAGUGUCACCCUGCAUUGUGAGCUCUCUAAACCUGGUGUUCCUGUGGAGUGGAGGAAAGGAGAACUUGGUCUAUGUCCAUGUGCCAAGUAUGAAAUCAGACAGUCAGGACAUCUUGCCACACUAGUGAUCCAUGAUGUAGAACCAGAGGAUGCUGGGAGUUACACAUGUGACACUGGCGACCAACAAAGCACCGCACAACUAUCUGUAAAGGCCCAGCCUGUUCUCUUUAAAACCCGGCUACAGAGCCUUGAAGGACAGGCAGGGGAACGUGCUACCUUUCACUGCGAGACAACAAAGCCGGGAGCCAGUGUGGUCUGGAGGUUUGGAAAUAGGCGGCUGGAAUCCAGCAGCAAGUAUCACCUGAAGCAAGAGGGGACUGUAGUUGAGCUUGUGAUCUACAAACUGCAGAAAGCUGACUCAGGAGAAUACACUUGUGAUACGGGCAGCGAGAUGACAGCAGCUGUCCUCACUGUGCAGGAGGUUGAGGUGGACAUACUGAAAUUCUUGGAGAGCUGCGUUGUGUCUGAGGGCGAAGACGUUCGCUUCCAGUGUCUGCUGUCUCACGCGGAGGCACCUCUUGUCCACUGGAAACUCCAGGACGUCCCGCUGCAGAAUAAUGAAAUGAACUUGAUCCAGAGUGAGGGUCCGCUACACAGCCUCACACUACGAGGCGUCACUACAGCUGAUUCAGGAACAGUCACUUUCACAGUGGGAAACCACACAUCCACUGCUUCUCUGACAGUCAGAGCCGCUCCUUUGCUAUUCACGAAAGAACUGGAAAGUCAAGAGGCCGUCGAAGGGGGAAAAGCCACCCUGUCCUGCGAGACGUCGUCCCCGGAGUGCAAGGUGACGUGGAGGAAAGGUUCAACUGUUCUCACCCAUGGGGAGAAGUACACUGUGGAGCAGAGGGCUACCACCCAUACCCUGGUUAUACACCAGCUGAGUGUGGAGGAUAGCGGUGAAUAUACCUGUGAUACCAGGCACAAAAAAAGCAGCGCUACCGUGUCUGUCAAAGAACGUGUACGCAUCGUCCGAGAACUCUGUGAUCUGACUGUGACCACUGGGCAGGAUGCAGUCUUUGAGGUUGAGCUGUCACAUGCGGACGUGACGCAUGGGGAAUGGUGGCUGGGGGACAACCUCCUGCAGAAAAACGACCUGAAUCAAAUGAGCAGCCGGGGUAGAGUGCACCGUUUGCUCCUGAAGAUGGUCACCGCAGACGAAUCGGGGGACAUUGUUUUUGUAGUGGGGGAAGAGAAGAGUGUAGCCUGUCUGCUAGUGGAGGACAAACCUAAAGUGCUAAUAAUAGAGAAACCGCACAAUGCUGUGGCUUUGGAGGGUGAAAGUGUCACUCUGGCCUGCACCGUCUCUGAUCCCAAAGCCUCUGUCUCUUGGAUGAGAAACAACACGUCCCUCCAAGCAGGCCUCAAAUACGAACCAACGCAGAAUGGAGCCUUCCACCAGCUUCGUAUUCACAACCUGGUGCUCGAGGAUUCGGGGACUUACACCUGUGAUACUGGAGAUUCACAGUGUGAUGUCACAUUGACUGUGGAAGGUGCCCCGGUGUUCUUCCAGAAAGAGCUGGCCAACCAGGAUGCUGUAGAGGGCGAUGAUAUUACCAUGAGCUGUGAAUUGUCUAAGCCAGGUGUUCACGUUGAUUGGAGGAAAGGCGGCAUGGCCCUCCAUCCCAGUAAGAAGUAUGAGAUAAGGCAGAGAGGGUGCAUUCAGGAGCUGUGUAUACUGAACCUGGAGCCAGAAGACAGUGGCUACUACACCUGUGAUGCAGGAGAACAGCUCACCACGGCUUCUUUAGCAGUGCAAGUGAAAGAAGUCUUCAUUGUUUCUGGUCUUAAGACCACUGACGUCUUUGUUGGGGAGUGGGCCACCUUUUCCUGCCAGCUGUCUGGCAGGGCACCUGGCGAGGUGCAGUGGUGGCUGGACGGCACUUUGCUGGAGAGCAGCCCGCUUUGUGAGCUGGGACUGAGCCAGGACCACGUCCACACGGCCACCUUAAAGAACCUGGCCACGGAUGACUCCGGCACCGUCACUUUCAAAGCUGGCAGCUUGUCGUCAGCUGCCAAGCUCUUAGUCAAAGAUCCCACGGUUGAGGUGGUGAGCGAGAUGGAGGACCUCUGGGUGGUGGAAAACCAGCCCGCUGAGUUCAUCUGCCAGUACUCGAGGCCGGUAAAGGCUCAGUGGAAGAAAGACGGGCAGCCUUUGCAGCCUGAUGGCCGAAAGGUGUUGGUGGAGCAGGACUGGAAUGUGGCUCGUUUGUACAUUAGCCAUGUGUCCGCACAGGACAGGGGCACGUACUCCUGUGAGGCAGAGGGGACCUGUGUGGUUGCUUCGCUUCAUGUGGAAGCCAAACCCAUUACCAUUGUUCAGGGCCUGGAGGACGUGGAGACGUUCGAUGGCGGAGAGGCGCUGUUCGAGUGCGCCCUCUCUCGCCCUGAGAGCAAAGAUUGCUGCUGGCUUCUCGGCGGCAACCCAGUGAAGGAGUCCCCUAACGCUGAGCUGGUGACGUUCGAGAACGGCCGGCGUCACCUGCUGCUGCUGAAGGAGUUGCAUGUGAAGGACAGCUGCACGGUGACCUUCCGAGCCGGCACCGCUUCCUCGUCUGCUCAGCUCUCUGUGAAGGGCUGGAAGCUGGACGUGGUGAAGGGCCUGGAGGACAGGGUGGCCGCUGUGGGAGAGAAGGUGGAGUUCUAUGUUGAGCUCACGGAGCGCGUUCCCGUGGCUGAAGUAGCUUGGUACGCCAACGGGGUGGAGCUGAAGCCUAGUGAUCUCUGGGCCAUGAGGGCUGACGGCUGCUGUUACCGCCUCGUCCUGAGACAGGCGCCGCUUCUGCCUCAGCAGGAAAUCACAUUUGCGGCUAGAGAUGCUCUGUCAUUGGCCAAGCUCACCAUCAUCACUGUUCCCGAUCCCCCUGAGGACCCAGAGGUCCUCGGUAAGACCGGACAGACCGUAACGCUCUCCUGGUUCACUCCACUUCAUGAUGGAGGCAGCACUAUUCUGGGUUACAGGGUGGAGAUGCGGAUGGUGGACAGCGCCCUCUGGCUUCCUUGUCAUUCUGAACCCGUGUGCAACACAGAGUUUGUGGUUAAGAAUCUCAAGCCUGGCAGUGGGUACAGGUUUCGAGUGGCGGCCAUAAACAUAGCAGGGAUUGGAGAGCCCGUUGAGUUACCCCAGACUGUGCAGCUUGAUCUAGAGUCAACACAGGCGGAAGCUGAGGCCCUGGGGCAACCCAGCCUGCCCCUCGAAGCUGCAGAAGAAGGUGACGUCCAUGAGCUGUGGGAGGCUUUGGCCAAGAAAAGGCGCAUGAGUCGGGAGCCAACCUUGGACUCCAUAACUGAACAACCCGAGAGUGACGCUAAAACCAAAUCUGGACAGACGGAGCUGAAGAGCUCGGAGAAAGCAGAGCUGAUGAGCUCGGCAAAAACAGAGCUGAAGAGCUCGGAGAAAGCAGAGCUAAAGACCUCAGUAAAAUCAGUGGAGAAAGAGCAGGUGAUCGUGUCCAACAGGCAAACAGAGUCCCACCUGUUCACGAGCUCAGAGGAUGAGUCUGUGUCUGGAGGUUCUGGAGGUCCGACACUUGUGUCCUAUCUGAAGAAGAGCAGCAAAUCUACCGUCACGGCGACCAGCGAGCCUGAGGCCAUGACCGCCGAGAGGUUCUUUGCCCAUUUCCAGAUGGCAGAACAGAGAACCGUGCAGCAGACAGAAGUGAAAACGACAACAAUUCAGACUACAGAGACAAAGCAGUCGACUGCAGAGGAAAGAACCGUAAUGGAGAUCAGCAAAGAGGAUGAGCCUGAGCUCCGAGAGGCCGCCAUCAAGAUUCAAGCUGCUUUCAAGGGUUACAAGGCUCGCAAGGACAUGCGUCCUGUCUUCAAGGACGUCUUCAAAGACCAGACCAAGGAGCCCAAUGGCACCAUACACUUGGAGUGCGUGGCAGAAGGCAGACCCGAUAAGGUGCGGUGGCUGAAGGACGGCGAGCCACUGACGGAUGGCAAACACCACCACAUCGACAUCUACAACGACGGCACCUGCUCGCUGGUCAUCACCGCCAUCACCACCAGAGACACCGGGGUCUACACCUGUGAGGUCAGCAACAAGUUCGGAGUCACCUCCCACAGCAGCAAGGUGACGGUGGGAACGGCGCGGGACUCGUCCGGCCGGCGGCCCCUCGCGGUGGCCUACAGCGCCGACAGCGAGGCCGAGAGCUCCUCGGGCAGCGAGAUGGACGAGUCGCUGAGGCAGGCGAGCCGGCGCCUGCACCACCUCCUGCGCACGCGCCUCCCGCCGGACGUCGCCGAGGAGCCGUUCGUCAGCGCCGACGAGGGGGACCUGCGCCCCCCCGACCCGCACUCGUACCGCGAGGACGAGACUUACAUCUACAUCCGCUUCGACUCCCGGGAGGAGGCGGAGGUGGCCUCCUCGAGGUUCCAGGAGAUGUUUACGGUUCACGGGGUUCCCGUGGAGACCACUAUCCUGGAGGCGGGGCCCCUCAAAGUGGAGCUGCGAAUUAGAAAGAUGGGCUACUCUCAGGAUGGCACGCAGACGCCCACACAAGACAGACAGCCUCCUGCGUUCAUGGCUGGAGCCCCAGCUGCCCCGGUCUUCUUGACAGAGCUCCACAGCCAGGACGUUCCAGACGGGUGUCCCGUCAGCUUUGACUGCGUUGUGAUCGGCAAACCCCCGCCCGCGGUCCGCUGGUUCAAGGAUGGGAAGCCGCUGGAGGAGAAUGACCACUACAUGAUCAACGAAGACCAGGAGGGCUGCCACCAGCUGAUCAUCACGGCUGUGCUGCCGACCGACAUGGGCGUCUACCGCUGCACGGCUGAAAACAGCAGCGGCAUCGCAGCCACUAAGGCUGAACUCAGGGUUGAUGUUUCUUGCAGUUCAGACUAUGACACUGCUGCUGACGCCACUGAGACAUCUUCUUAUGUUAGUGCCAAGGGCUACAUGUCCAGGGAAACUGAGACCUUUGAGUCAGUGGCUGAAGAUGAUCAGCUCCCGCAAGUGGUUGAUGAGCUUCAUGACGUUCAUGUCUGUCCUGGUUCACCUAUUGCUAAGAUGCAGCUCAGAGUUAAGGGUUUCCCCAAACCCAGAGUCUACUGGUUCAAAGAUGGCCACCCUCUGCGGGCCUCAGAAAGGGUUGCUUUGCAAGCAGACAGAGAGGUUCAUGGCUUGGAGAUUCUGGAGGUGCAGAAAGAAGACAUGGGAGAGUAUUCUGCUUACAUCAGCAAUGCAGCCGGCUCCGCUUACUCCUCUGCACGGCUGAUUGUUCUGAGCCCAGGAGAGAUUAUGCCACAAGAUAAAAAGGACUCUAAAGAGCCGCUGGUGCCGCCACGUUUUCUGGAAAGGUUCAGCAACAGGAAAGUGAAACAAGGAGCAAGCAUCACUCUGUCUGUGAAAGUGGAAGGGUCUCCCACUCCCAUGGUCUCCUGGCUGAAGGAGGAAUCACUGGAGGACGUCCUGUGGAUCAAGCACGAUACCAAGGGGUUCAAAAUCGCCAGCUCUGGGCGACAGCACAGCCUCAUCCUGAUGGAUGUGGGCGCCGAGUACACUGGUGCCUACACCUGCAUUGCCACAAACAGAGCAGGACAGUCCAUCUGCACGGCCCAUCUCGAGGUGGACGCACCACAACCAAAGAAAGAGACCAAGGCCCCAGAUGGUAUCACAGUUAGUCCUCCAGAAGAAGGGCCAAGCAAAGAGAAAGAGGGUAAAAUAGCCUACCUAGGCGAAGUGGGUUCAGAGGAAUUCAUCAUGAAACUCACCUCUCAGAUCACUGAAAUGGUCUCAGCGAAGAUCAGCCAAGACAGUUUACAGAAUCAUGAAGUGCUCCAGUGGAUGAAAUCUUGGCCCAAAACUACCACUUCUCUGCGCGUGCCCGGUGUUGACAGCGAUGAUGAGACCAAGACCCCGUCUCCAUCACCUCAUCAAGGUCGCUCUCGUCCUCCCUCACUUAUCGCUGACUCGUCCUCAGAGUCGGAUGAGGGUGAUGCCAGGGGAGAGAUGUUUGACAUCUAUGUGGCAACAGCAGACUACAACCCCACAAUAGCAAGCAAAGAGUCCAUCUCAUUGAAGGAGGGACAGUAUGUUGAGGUUUUGGACUCGGCUCAUCCACUCAAGUGGUUAGUCCGGACCAAACCGACCAAAACGACACCAUCCCGUCAGGGCUGGGUCUCACCGGCCUACCUGGACAAGAAACUCAAACCGUCCACUGAUACAGGGGAGCUCCCAGAGACCAUUGAAGAGGAAGUGUCUGAGGGUGAAUACAAGAGGAAACUAUUCCAACUGAUCCAGGACUUGAUAAAUGGAGAAUCUGAGUUCAUAAAGGAGGUGGAAUACUUUACAUCCCAUCACCUGAAGCACACGGACAGCGCCGAUGCACCGUCUGAGGUCAGCAGCCAGAAGGAGGUUAUAUUCAGGAACAUCGAUGACAUCAAGUCCUUUCAUAACAAGGCCUUCCUCCCGAAGCUAAAUGACUGUGAAACUGAUGAUGAUGUGGCCAUGUGCUUCCUGAAGAACAAGGAGGGCUUUGAGAAGUACCUCCAGUACCUCGUUGGUCACAGCCAAGCAGAAUCUGCUGUCAGUGACAAAACUGUCCAUCGAUUCUUCAAGGAGUAUAGCAAAAAGGAACAGGCCAGUGCUGACCCUGCGGGGCCCCCUGUACGCAGCAUAAACGCCUACCUGCAGCAGCCACUGGACAGGAUCCAGAAGUACAAGGCUUUCCUCAAGGAGCUGAUUCGAAACAAGGCGAGGAACGGUCAGAACUGCUGCCUCCUAGAGGAAGCGUAUGCGAUGGUCUCUGCGCUGCCGCAGCGCUCCGACAACACCCACCACGUCUCCAUGAUUGAGAACUACCCUGCCACGCUCGAAGUGCUGGGAGAACCGAUUAGACAGGGACCCUUCCAAGUGUGGGAGGGAGCUCCUGGGAUCAGAACGUCCUCCCGAGGUCACCACCGCCACGUCUUCCUCUUUAAGAAUUACUGUAUAAUCUGCAAGCCUAAGCGGGACAGCAACACCGAAACACAAGCAUACGUAUUCAAGAACAUGAUGAAACUCAACAAUAUUGACGUGAACGAGACGGUGGAAGGUGACGACCGCGCUUUUGAGAUCUGGCAUGAGCGCGAGGACUCUGUGAGGAAGUACACGCUGCAGGCCCGGACUGUUACGCUCAAGAACUCGUGGAUCAGAGACUUCAGAGAGCUGCAGCAGCGCUACAGCAUGCCGGCAUGGAGUCCCCCUGACUUUGAUGAAAUCCUGGCGAACUGCACAGCAGAACUGGGACAGACGGUCAAGCUGGCCUGCAAAGCCACGGGAGUACCCAAACCCGCCAUCACAUGGUACAAGGAUGGUCGUAUCGUGGAGGCGGAUCCUCAUCACAUCAUUAUUGAGGACCCUGAUGGUUCCUGCACACUGAUCUUGGACAACAUGACAGCGGAUGAUUCUGGCCAGUACAUGUGCUUUGCCACAAGCUCGGCUGGGAAUGCGAGCACUCUGGGAAAGAUCACGGUUCAAGUACCUCCUCGUUUUGUGAAUAAAAUGAGGAAUGCUGUGUUCGUGGCUGGUGAGGACGCUCAGUUCACCUGCGUCAUCCAGAGCGCCCCCAGCCCCAAGAUCAGGUGGUUCAGAGAGGGCAGACUGCUGACUGACCAGGAGAAGUACCAGACGUACAGUGAGCUCCGUAGUGGGGUCGUGGUGUUGGUGAUCAAAAACCUGACGGAGAGGGAUCUGGGACACUACGAGUGUGAGCUUUCCAAUCGUCUGGGCAGUGCCAAGUGUGCUGCUGAUUUAGUCCUGCCCUCUGCCUUGGCUCGCGCUGGUGAGCAAGCAAUUACUAUUGAAGUUACUGAGCAGGAAACUAAAAUACCAAAGAAAACCAUCAUCAUUGAAGAGACUAUAACCACUGUGGUGAAGAAUCCACGUAUGCGGCGGCACAGAUCCCCUGGCCUGACUCUGACCGGUGCCCACCGCUCUGAGACCUCCACCCCAGAACUCCCCACAGCCAGGCCCAGGAGGAUGUUCACUCCUAGAAAGACCACCAUCCCGACUCUGUGCGUUACUGAGCCCGAAGGCGCCGCGGCCCGUUCUGUGGAAGGGAAACCCCGGUGGGUUGAGGUAGAGGAGGUUAUCGAGUACAAGGUGAAUAAAUCCCCCAGGCUGCCAAGGAGGAGAGGCAUCUCGCCCGCAGGGUCGGAUCGCUCGGGCACUCCCUCCAGACCUAAAAGGUCUCCACCGGAAAACCCAAACGCCAACAAUUCCAACAAUAAGCUGGUGGAGCAGGCGCAGCUGCAGGGGGAUGGUGGCAACCAGUCGCUCCCCUGGGACGAAGAAGGGGUUAAUCCUCCCGGCGGUUCUGCCUCUGGGGACCCAGAGUUCCCAACUUUCCAAACGCUAGCUGGAGAGGACAGUUAUGAACUAGAUGAUCAGGAAACGGUCAUAUUUGAACCUGAAGACGAAGAUAAUGAUUACGGUUCUUUCACAAAGCAAGAACCCAAGAUCCUGAAACAGGGAGAUCGGGUUUUGACCCUUGAGGAUUUGGAGGAUUACGUUCCAGGGGAAGGAGAGACCUACGGCGCUUCUGGCACCCAGAACGUCACACCUGAGACCUGUGAGAUCUCUGUGCUUCAGAGGGAGAUUGGCGGCUCCACGGUGGGACAGCCGGUGCUUCUUAACGUGGGGAGGCCCGUCGUGGUCCCGCAGCAGAGGAGCGGCUUCUUCACCCGCUUCAGGGAGCAUCUGUCCAGCAGCCUUUUUGCCAGUGGAGCCGGUGGAGCCCAGUCAACGACAGAGAGGCCCGUCCCCAUCCAAGUGAGCCAGGCCAAGCUGGAAGUGAAGCCUUCAUACUACUCAGAGGUGCAGCGAGUGGAGGGCAGGCAGAGGAGUUUUAAAACCAAAGUGUCAACUCAGACCUACGGCUACACAUCGGUAGGAAACCCGGUCACGCUUCAAAUCCGAGAUAACGUUUAUCACAACCAGUAGAAUCACACAUUUGCUAAGACAACCCUCUUAGUCUUAAAUAGGAUUUAGACAACACCACACAGACCUGAAGUAUGUUUAUUGCAUUUGACAAACCAUUCCACAUUAAAGCUUCCCCGUAGAUAACGGCGCCAUCAACAGGCUUUGUAUCAAAUGGUUAGUCAGAUUGGUUUUAAACUAGCUGAGCUGAAAAACUGAGGCAUGUUUGUGAAAAUGUGAGCAGAUUUGUGCUGUAAAGUAUACGUAGCGGACACAAGUAUCACUUCUCCAUACUUUUCAUGAAAUCACAAAUCCUUACAAACUGAUCCAGGAUUAUUUCUGACAGUGACUCUCAGAGAUGUAAGCAUGCCGUGCAUUUACAUAUCUGUGGGCUUUCCAGUUUUGUUUUGUACCUUUUUAAGUUCCUUCUGUACCGUUGCAGUGCCUUGGAUUUCAGAAUCAGCAAACAUUGGUACCAUUGCACUACAGCGGUUCUACAGGGUUCAUUUAAAUAUUCAACCCUGAUUGUGUUGACUGAUUUAGACUGAUUGUACUCCAGUAGCUGACAAAUGCAAUUUAUGCUGUGGUUAAGCUAGUAACUUUGGAUGAAUCAAACGUUUGUGAAUGACUUCUAUGUCAGACAUGACAAAUACAUCAAUGAGUACUGUAGGUAAACAGUCAGUGUGAUCUCAGUGACUGCACUGGUUGAUCGUGUAGUCAAUAGUUGUGCAAUGAAUGUCAUUCUGAUGAGUUUAGAUGUUGUGUCCAUUAUUGCAGUGCAAUGACCUGUGAGUUCACAGCAUAUUCAUACUUACAUGUAUGCCAUAGAUGCUUAGACGAGUGACUGCAUGUAUUUGCUUUCCCAAAGCAGAUGUUCUUGUGCAAAGUAACCAAAACCAUCACGUAGUUGAUUUCAAGCUAAUACAAAAUACUUGGAUCACAGACAUUUAGAAAAGUGGCUAGAAUAACUAGACGUGUGGUGUUAUUGUUUUAACGCAUUUUAGUAAAGUGCAAAUAUGUUAUUUCCUCAUUUUAAAAGGCACUAAGAGCAUGUACUGGUUUCUCCUGUACCUGUAAGGUUUGUCUAUUCAGUUUUGAAUCUGAAUUACACUGAAAUAAAUAUUUUUGUGCCAGUAA